AUGUGAACAGUACGUUUAGUUUGAUCGACGAAGGACAGCAUUCUGACCUGGUAAGCCGCCAGUGUCUGAUCGUGUAGAAGUGCACGAAGACUCAAAUCAUAUGUUAGAAUAAACAAUAACUGUUAUCAUAUCUCCAAAGGAUACAAAUUACGCUUAUUUAUUAAAAAUUUUCCGCAAUUUAAUUUAUUUCUUUAGUGAUUUAUAAUUUAAAAAAAAAUCAGUUAAUAAGUCGUGCAUUUAUCAAUUAAACCGAUUAAAAAUUAUCAGGAAUAAUAAUCUAUCAAAGAGCCACAAAGAAAAACCCAAAAAAAAAAAAUGUUUGUGCACGUGAAGCUCAUGAGAUAAAAUUACUAUAAUAAACAUCUUAUGAAAUACAACAAGAAGGUGAAGGUGUUGAAAAUAUUAAUAGUUGCAAAAAUAUUUUGUUUGUGAACAAGUGUUUAGUGUGGUCUUUAGUCAUUUUUAUAAAUUGAAAAUUCAAGUCCACUGUCAGUGAGCUGAAAUCGUUAUACGAAUAAAGUCGUGAGUGAAAGAAAUUCCGAGCUGAGCCACGUGGAAAACAAUCUCUUCGGCGUAAUAGAUUUAGCUAUUGCGUGUUUUUAAAUAAUUUUUUAAACAUUCGAAAUAAUUUCGAAUCCAUUCAAGUCUAUUUAAGACUUUGAAUAACGAUAAUUGAAAUAAAAUGGAUCUUCUGUGUUGCGAAACAACGGAACUCGAGUGUAGAGCGUAUCCAGAUCCAGCACUUCUUGGAGAUGAAAGGGUUCUACAAAAUCUACUCAAGACCGAAGAACGAUACGCUCCUAGCAGUUCCUACUUCGAUUGUGUACAGAGAGACAUUACGCCGCUCAUGCGCAAGAUCGUUGCCGAGUGGAUGUUGGAGCUUUGUGAAGAUCGAAAGUGUCAAGAAGAAGUAUUUCCCUUGUCGAUGAACUACCUCGACAGAUUUCUGUCCAUAUGUCCAAUUAGAAAGACACAACUCCAACUUCUAGGAACAGCAUGUCUUUUGAUUGCCUCAAAACUCAGAGAAACAAGGCCACUUACUGCAGAACGUCUUGUUUUCUACACUGACAAUUCAAUCACACUAGAUGAUCUCUGGAGGUGGGAACAGCUAGUGGUGUCGAAAUUGAAGUGGGAAUUAUCAGCAGUAACGCCAGGCGAUUAUAUUUUGCACAUUCUCACACGUCUACCAGUUGAUCCACGCACAUGGGACUGUCUGAUGAUCAAGAGACAUGCGCAAACUUUUAUUGCACUGAGCGCAAGAGAAUACAAGUUCUCCAUGUACACGCCGAGUAUGAUUGCAGCUGCGAGUGUCGCGGCUGCUCUUCAUGGACUUGAUUGGACUGGAAAAAGUGGUUAUGGGCUUUCUGGUCUCCUUGAUCAACUCACCCGCAUCACUGCUAUCGAACAGGACUACUUGCAAGGAUGUUACGAGCAAGUUGAAGACAUGGUAUCACAAGCAAGAAUCAGCAGUCUUCAAUCGGCAGGUUUGGGUAGUGGAAUAGAUGCACAUACAAGACCUUUGGGGGACUACAACACGAGCCAGGACAAGAUAAUGGAGCAUGAGAAAGCGGGCACGCCCACUGACGUCAGGGAUGUUCACUUUUAAGGCUGGCUCGUAUGAAAAUUGACGUCUAUUUCAAAUCAUUGGUUGAUGAUUACAACAAUCAUAAAAAAAAACAAUUUUGAUAGUGAAAGAUAGCACAUCGUUCGUGCUCUACAGCAAAAUAAUUUUUGCUAAUGAUCCAAAGAUCACAAAUGACUUUGGAACUUGAGAGAAGAAGAUUCAAUGUCUCCUACUGAUUGUAAACAAAAAUAACGACAUUGUAUCAAAAAAGAUUGUAAACGGGGGACGUUUCAGGGGAAGGCUAUGCAAUACGCUUUACACAUUAAUUAAUAAGUACACUUAAUUUUUAGUUGGCGAUACUAGUUACUGUAUAAGAAAAAAAUACAUCAUAUGAUGUCCGACACUAAAAGAUAAUUAUAAUAAUAAUUAUAAAUAUAGUCAUACCCAGUCAUUUAGGAUUUGUAUAUACGUGAAACACAGAAGAGAAGCGAAUAAUUUUGAUAUUUUAUGUAUCGCUACUAGUGUUUAAUUAGAUGUUUUUUUGUCUUAUCAGGAGUGGUGUAGAAAUUGAGAGUAUCGACUUUGUAGUCGGCUAAUGGUAUACGAGAAUGUGUGAUUGUUAAUCGAAUGUAUUGUAUGAAUGUAUUUUGUUAAAAAAUUCAUAUAAAAAAAGUUAAAAAAAAUCCAAGAAAAAGACAAAGUUGUCUGAUUUUUUUUACGUCGUUUUUCAUUGUUGAAAAAACGUUGUAUGCAAUUUAUCUUAAUGUUUAUUUUGAAAAAAAAAACGGGAAAAACAAAAAAAAAAAAGAAGAAAGUUACGUUUAGAUAUUUAAAUAUUCCCGGUUGUACAUAUUUAAAGUAUAUAGCAUGUUCUUAUAACUAAGAAUUUGUUCUAAGUAUGUAUGCUGUUAUGAAAAUAAUAAAAAAAAUUCUUAUUAUUCCGGCAAAGUUAAUCGGUCAAGAAUGUUCAGUGUAUAUUGUUAUAAAUUGAGAGUGAAAGUAUUUUAAGAUAUUAAAAGAUACAGGCGAGAUCUGAAUGAUUUUAAUUCAUUAAAUAAAAACAGAAUAAUAAUGAAUAGCCGUGAGAAUUGGUUAGUACUUAAUGAAUAAAAAUAGACAGGCACGAGAAAAACAAGAUUUCGAAAAUUGAAUUGAAAUGCAAAGAUAUUUUUUUAGAAAUAAACACCAGAUUGAUGCGAUAAAUUUUUUAACAUUUUUUUAUAAAGAAGCCAAUUUCUUUUCUUCUUUUAAAAUAAAUUCUAAAUUUAUUGCAGGAUUUAUCAUUUGAAAUUUUCCCACAGGAAAAAAAUAACAGUCGUGCCGAUAAAAGAAAAGUUAGCUCAUACUUUUUAUAACCAAAUUGUAGUACAAUUUAGAAUGUGAAGUAAUAUAAAUAUUUCGGAAUGAAACGAAGAUGUACUAUGGAUAUUUCAGAAUACAUCUUGAAUGAUAAUUAGUUGUGUUGUAUAAAUAAUAUUAUCAUAAAGUAUGCUUUAUAACUGCCGAAAAAUCGAGUUCAAUUAUUAUUCAUAGACUCGUUAAAAAUAAAAUUUAUUUAUUAUUUAUUUAAGAUUUUUAUUAUAUUAAAAUUCUUUCAAUAUUUUUUGUGAAAUUAGCUAAACGAAAACUAAUAGGUUGCAAAAUAUAUAAUAUAUUAUCUAAUUUCGCAAUAAAGUCUUUAAAAGAUUGUACUAAUUAAACAAGCCAAAAUUUAUGCAUGAAUCUAGGGAUUAUUUUUUACGAGUCCAUGAAUAUUAUGAAUAUCGAGAGAACAUAUAUAAUGAUCUAAUAUACGAUCUAGUGCCUCAUUAAAUACAAAGUUAAAAAAA